AUGCCUCCCAGGAUACCCAUCCGGGUGGCGCUGCCACGCCUCGCCGCGGUCAACCGCCCGGCCCUCCUCCUCCCACACAUCCCCCAGCGAGGCAUCAAGUACGGCUGGUCGACGGCGCCGCCGCGGUCCAAGCACAAGCGCUUCAACCAGCCAAACUCGGGGCUGCCCGCGCUGACGACGGGCCCGGCGGCGGCGCUCAAGCGGCGCGAGAACACGACGCCGCUGCGGACGGGCGUGCUGGCCAUCAAGAAGGGCAUGACGAGCAUCUUCCAGGGCAAGACGCGGGUGGCGUGCACGGUGCUGCAGCUGGACCAGGUGCAGGUGGUCGCCAACAAGACGCGCGAGAAGCACGGCUACUGGGCGGUGCAGGUCGGGCUGGGCGCCAGGCAGGGCCGCAACGUGACGAGCCCGAUGCUGGGCUACUACGAGGCCAAGGGCAUCGCGCCCAAGGCCGAGCUGGCCGAGUUCAAGGUGCGCGGCGAGGAAGGGCUGUUGCCCGUCGGCGCGCAGCUGCUGCCGGACUGGUUCCAGCUGGGCCAGCACGUCGACGUGCGCGCGCGGUCGAGGGGCAUGGGCUUCGCCGGAGGCAUGAAGCGCCACGGCUUCGCGGGCCAGGAGGCGUCGCACGGAAACUCCAAGAACCACCGGACGAUUGGCUCGACGGGCCCCUCGCAGGGCAGCGGAAGCCGUGUGCUGCCCGGCAAGAAGAUGCCCGGGCGCAUGGGCAACGAGUUCCGGACGGUGCAGAACCUCAAGGUGCUCAAGGUGGACAACGAGCUGGGCGUCGUGCUCGUCAGCGGGCCGAUCCCGGGCCCCAAGGGCCGCAUUGUGCGGCUGCAGGACGCCAAGAAGAGGAAGGCUCCUGCGCUGCAGCACAGGGACAAGGCGCGCGAGGAGUUGAGUCAGAGACAGCCUGAUUUGCAGCAGAGGUUGGAGCAGGCGAGGUUGAGGCAUCUGGAUAUGCAGGCCCAGCGGAGGGCGCACAUGGCGGAGUUGUAA